GUUGGUAUUAUUAGACUGACAUACAUGUAUAGACAAACAGCACCCAUAGUUUCUAUAACACUAUUACAGGUACUAUUAGAGGAACAGUAGGUCCUUAAUUGUGCGCAUAGUUAGAUUGACUGAUUGACUGACAAACAUAUAUAUAGAUAAUUGUACGCAAACUAUGUCGUUGUCGUCGACACCCAUUGUUAUCGGCGGCGGUAAUGAUAGCAACAAUAGUAGUCGAGAAGCAGAUCCAGAGGUCAGACAAGUAUUGUUGGAAAUCAUCGAUAAGGUAGCCGACGACGAUGUAGCACAUGAAACGGCAGUCGGACAGGUCAUGUCGGAUAUGGUCGAUACGGUUGCUGAGGCCAACAACAACGAUAAUGAAGACUAUAUGCAGUGGAUGUAUAGACAUCGGCCACUACUGACUGCUAGCCGUAGUCGUCGACCCAGACGUAGGGAUAGGUGGCAAACAAUGGCUACGGUAGGGUAUAGACCACCGGCUCAACCAACACCAGUAGUACCACCAGUAGUAGACAGGAGUAGGUCGUUACAGGACAUCACCAGUGAUGAUGAACCCCAGCUAUCGCUUUACGAUGAGAAAGCCGGUGCCGGACCUCCGCCUCAUCUGUUUAUGAGCUCACUGUACGGCCAUACGGGAACCGGCGGUAGUCAUAUCACUGGUGAAUUGUUUCAGCGGACAACACCAUUCAACGGCAACACCAACAACACAAACAUCGGGUCGCUAUCGGACAGCGACUAUCAGUUGCUAAUCAAUGAGCUAGAGUACUAUGGCUUUCAUUUAGAUAGGACAGUCAUUGGCCGGGGAGGUUUCGGAUCGGUAGUUACCGGUACUUAUGGACCAAAUAUAAGCAAUUUGAUGAAAAUAGAGGCCGUCUAUCUCAAUGGUGGCUCAGCAGCUCCUGGUCCUCCUACUACUACUGGUAGUGUUGGUAGUGGUAGUGGUGGUGGUGCUAGUGGCGGUGGACCUACCGGUAUACAAGUUGGCCAAAAAUUUGCCGCCAAAUACAUACACCUGAUCCCCAGUUCAAACAGUUUGCACCGAUCGCUGGUCUAUCUGGAGAAGCUAGUAAUGAAAGAGAUCCGGCAUCGUAAUUGUGUAUCCUAUAGGAUGGCCAUAAAUUUAGGCCCCCGUAAGCUAUGUACAUACGGGUGCGACCAAUACUAUAGCUACGAACAUACCAUGUUGAUUAUGGACUGGGCCGACCAGGGUGAUCUGGAACAGUUUAUUCACUAUCAUUUGAGAACCGGUAGCAACCAAUACAAUGUGGGCACUUGUAUACGAUUUAUGCGUGACCUAUUGGCCGGGGUCAGGUAUCUGCACGGUAAGUCAAUAACACACGGUGAUAUAUAUGCGUGCAAUGUAUUGAUAUUUUCUAGACAAGUACCUGUCCGAGUGGAAAUACCGUUUGUGGCCAAACUAAGUGAUUUUGGUUUGGCCCAAAUCAGACAACUGGCCAGCAGUGGUGGCCAACCAUAUCUAACCGAUCAGCAGCACCGGGAUAGUCUACGAACAGAUAUGGAACAGCUGUAUAAAUUGUUUAUGUUUACAAUGAUUAAACAAUCGCAUCCCCAAGCUAUGUGGCUACCGGAGCUUGAACCAUGGUGUCAGUUGGCAUUGGAUUUGAACAGGAAUUGGGAUAUUAGGGUUAUAUUUCAACGAUAUGCUCAGUUAAUUGGUUGGUGUCCAUAGAUGCUGCCCCGGUUAGGUUAGGGUUAGGUAAUUUGGUUUAUAUAUAUAUAUAUAUACAUGUGUGUGUGUGUAUGUAUUAUAAUAAAUAUAGUAUACCAG